UUCUGUCCUGCCCUGGAUCAUCACCAAUCCUUGUUGCUCCCUCUCUAGGGUAGCCCCAGGAUGAGGAAUCUCUUCCUUGCCGUGCUCCUGGCUUGUGGGCUGCUCCCGGCCGGCAGCAGCGUGCUGGAGCUGGAGCGGAUGAUCCGGGCGGCCACGGGCAGGAGCGCCCUGCUGUCCUACAGCUGGUACGGCUGCUUCUGCGGCAUCGGCGGCUCCGGGAGCCCCGUGGAUGCCACCGACCGGUGCUGCCAAGCCCACGACUGCUGCUACAGGAGGCUGAGGGAGGGCAGGUGCAGCCCACUGAUCACCCCGUACAGCUUCACCUCCAGCGACGGGAACGUCACCUGCAGUAACGAGCAGAGCUGGUGCGAGAGAGAGACCUGCCUGUGCGACACCGCGGUGGCCUCGUGCUUCGCCAGCUCCCUGCACUCCUACAACAAUUCCUACCGCUUCUACUUCAAGCUCAAAUGCCAAGGCAGCAAGCUCCAGUGCUGAGGAGGGCGAAUCUGCACACAGAGUUCCAGGUUUUGCUUUUCCCCAGCAAGAAAAGCUUGGGCUGGGGGCUCAGUAAAGCAGAGCCCCAAGGCUCCCUGUGAGGUGCAGCUCGGGGAGAGAAGGGCACACACACCAUGGAUGGAGACCCACCAGUUCCUGGAAAGACACACCAGCUUCCUCUUUUUUGUCCCUUCCUCCUCUCUUGAUUUCAUUUCCCAGCAAAGAUAACAGAUACAAUAAAAGGGAUGCAAGCUG